GCAGCCGAGCGGAGCACUGAGACCCGGGAUCUUUGCGUUGAUGAGCGCAAAUGCGAAUAGCGGGUCGAGUCCUCCAGUCUUGACUUGUCGACUGACCACAGCAGCGGUCAGUUGCACGCCUGCAGAGCGCCGUGCGCACGCAGCCAGAGUGACAGCGCAAAGGCACCACAGGAGCUUUUUUUUUAUGUGUGUGUCUGUCUUCGAAGGGGAUUUUCAAGUGCAGAACAGCGUCUGGAGCUGCUUGAAGCAGAGUGCACAAAUUGAGCCGGUUCUCGUAUUCGCGUGCGACGGCUGCCCAUGAAGACACCAUAGCCUUAACAUCAAAGCAGCGGCCAUUACAGAGGCUAAAUGAAGAUCUUGUGAACAUGCACGAGGGACGAGCUCUACCUUUCACUUCGGUGACUUCCUCAGAUGCUGUGGCCCAAAGAAAGAUGGAAAGGAAUGGGAAGAGCUUGAGCCAAGACUGCUGCACAGAACCCAUUCAGUGAGCCACCAGGAAAUCCUCCAUACGCCAAGUCGCUGAGCCGUGCAUCUUCCCUUUUGACCCCUGACCCCUGACAAGACAAACACUAUGACCUCUGAGCUGGAGAGCAGCCUUACUUCAAUGGACUGGCUUCCCCAGCUCGGCAUGAGGGCAGCCAUUCAGAAGGCCGACACGGGACACCACCACGGCCACCACCACCACGGGCACCACCACCACCACGGGCACCAUCACGGACACGGACCUGGCAAGAAAAUGGUACAUUUGGACCCAGGAACCACACUGGACCAAGAGGAAGCAGCACAGCACAGAGAUGGUAAACCGCCCUACAGCUACGCCAGCCUCAUCACCUUUGCUAUCAACGGCUCACCGCGCAAACGGAUGACCCUCAGCGAGAUCUACCAGUGGAUCUGCGACAACUUCCCUUACUACAGAGAGGCAGGCAGCGGAUGGAAGAAUUCUAUACGACACAACUUGUCCUUGAACAAGUGUUUUCUCAAAGUGCCUCGCUCCAAAGACGACCCUGGAAAAGGUUCCUACUGGGCCAUAGACACCAAUCCUAAAGAAGACACGGUACCCAGCAGGCCAAAGAAGAGACCACGCUCUGGAGAACGAGCAUCAACCCCUUACAGCCUGGAGUCCGAGUCUCUGAGGAUGGACUGCAUCAUGUCAGGAGGGGCGUCUCCCACUCUGGCCAUCAAUGCUGUGACCAACAAGGUAGCGCUGUACAACCAUGAGGCAGAAGGCAGCGAGAGUCCUGGGAGCCUGGGCGGCAGCCUUAGCAACAGCCUUUCAGAGCAAAGUUUGGCGUCCGUCAACCUCAACAACCGGAGCACCGCGGUCAGCAGUGGCAGCAACGUGCACGGAUACACACCAGUGAGCAGCCACUCGGAACCUUCGUCCCAGUCCUUGAGCCUCCAGCAGCCCGCCCAACCUCCGCCGCCGCCUCCUCCUCCUCCCCCGCAGCCCCAGUACGGUUUACCCGUCCCCGAGUCACGGGACAAGCAGCUCUGCUUCUCAGACUUCGAGGACCUCAGCUCUUCGUUCCGCAGCCUUUACAAGUGCGUCUUCGAGCAGUCCUUCUCGCAGCAAGGUUUGAUGAGUAUGCCCGGUGACUCGGGUCAACAGGCCCGCACCGCCUGCUCCUACCAGCACUCUCCUGGUGGGGGAAGCGGCAGCGGCCACCACCACCAACACAACCAUGGCCAGACAUCGCACCUCCCUCACCACUCUCACGUCUCCCCUCACUCCACCCACGGUCAGCACCAACAGCACUCUGGUCACUCCCAGCAGCACUCGUCUCUCUCCCACCAGCAGAGUCACGCUGUGCAGGCCUGCCCCACAACAGUCAUGUCAUCAGACUGGUACCCCAACCUGGACUGGCUGAAGGAGAGCUGCCGCAUCGCUACCAGCUACAACUGGGCUGACGUAGACCUCUCCCCGUUCCAAGGUCUGAAGGAGAGCAUGCGACAGGCGGAGCUCAGCAACUGGUCUCUUGAUGCUGCCCAGAUGGCUGACCUGUGUUCCUCCAUUAACCAAUUCUUCAUGGCGACGGGGGUCAUCCCCCCUCAGGGCGCCACCCACCCACAACCUCAGGUCCAACAUCCUGCGCCGCCGUCCGCUCCUCAACACCCGGCUCAGCCGCACGGGGCCAUGCAUCCAAAGCCCAGCCAUCACAAUCAGCAUGGGCAACACAACCCACAUAAUCAACACAUCAGCACAGGGAACAUGUACAUGGACUCGAGACAAAACCUUUCUUCUCUGAUGGGCCCACCAGGAUAUCCUCACAUGCCUCCCAUGAGCAACACUGCUCCCACCAUGACAGGUGACUCUCCCAUCGCUCUCUUAACAGGUCAUCACAGCCAGCUGAGCCAGCAACAACACACGCUGCCUCCGGGACACUUUCAGGUGAGGCGCAUGCUCGCUGCCGACGACAUCCAGGAUGAUUUUGACUGGGACUCCAUCGUCUAGACCGAGCCGUCAGUCAAAGGGAGCGACGAAGGAAAAGACUUGAAAUUAAUAAGGAGAUGCAGACAAAGUG